AUGGUUUUUGAAUAUGCAAAUGGUGGAAAUUUUAUUAAUUAUAUUAAUAAUUAUGCUGUAAAUUGGUCUUGGCAUGAAAGAUUAGAAGCAUUAGAAAAUGUAAUUAAUGGUCUUAAAAUAAUUCAUGAAAAUGAUAUGGUUCAUCGUGAUUUUCAUACAGGAAACAUCUUAUCAUUUAUUAAUGUACAAGGUGGUGAUGAAAAUCUUGAUAGUUCAUUUUAUAUAUCAGAUAUGGGGUUAUGUGGAGAUGUUAGUAAUGUAGAUGAAACAAAACUUUAUGGGGUUAUGCCUUUUAUGUCACCUGAAGUAUUGAGAGGAAAUCCAUAUACUAAAGCGGCAGAUAUAUAUAGUUUUGGUAUGAUUAUGUAUUUCGUAGCAACUGGUAUGCAACCUUUCUUUAACUGUGCUCAUGAUGAAUUUUUAGUACUAAAUAUAUGUGAUGGAAUUAGACCUGAAAUAAAUGAACAAAAAGCACCAAAAUGUUAUAUUGAAUUAAUGAAAAGGUGUUGGGAUUCAGAUCCAAAUAACAGACCAAGUGCUAUUAAAAUAGAAGAAUUAAUUAAUUCUUUUAUGUAUCCUGAAAAUAAAGAAAUUAUAGUGCAAUUUAAAGAAGCGGAAGAAUAUAGGAAAGCAAAUUUUUUAUCUAUUAAAAAUAAUCAAUUAACUACUCAUUCACAAGCUUAUUAUACUUCUCGAUUACUCAAUCAAUUUACAAGAGUUCUUACUGAAUGUUUAGAUUGUUUAGACUGUUCAAUUGAUGAUUAAACUAAAAAGAAGAUUUAUAUUUUAUUCUGUAAAUUAAAUUAAACAUUAUAUUAUAAGAUAAAACAUAUAUAGUUAGACAUUUAUGCCAAGUUGCCAAUAUUAUUAUAUAGAAUUAUAGUAUUUAUUUUUUAUAUUUAAAAAUUAAUUUUAAAUGUAAAUGAAUCUAUUUUACUGACAAAUCGUUAAAAUUCCAUUUUAUUAUGGAAAUACUAAUACGGAAUUUUUAAUUUAAUAUGAUAUUUAAUGUGUACUGUUAGGAUUAUUUGACUUGUCAGGAUAUGAUAAUAAAUGAGGAAUUGGC